AUGUCUCUCGGCAGAUAUGCCUAUAGGCAUACUAUUCAGUCUUCCUCCAAUUGUUUAAUUGACCACGUAUGGAUCAGUGAAGAUUUUCUCUCUUGUACAUUCCGACGAUUCGCAAACGGCCAACGACGUUAUGAGAGCCGAGUGCCAGGCCCAUUGGAGGCGAGAAGGCGUCUGGCUAAGCGCAAGAAUGCGGCUCUUGCUGGUAUAGCUGGGUCUGGGCCUUUGGAUGAUAUUGCCUGCUUAUUUGGGCGCAAUGGACGGGAACAUAUGAAGUGGAGUGAUGGUCAAGUGGGAAGGAUAACCCCGGAGACUCAAAGUUCUGAAUUUUAUCGACAGUCUUCGUCCGCUUCCCCUCUACCAUUUUACAGUCGGAAUAACGAACUGAGCGAGUCCUAUGACCAAUCUCAUCGGCGACAAGUUCUGGGAACAGUGGAAGAGCGCCCUGGCAAGAAUUAUUUAAAAGAGUACUUAGGCAAUUGCUAUACUGUGGCUCAUUUGAAGGAUGUUCUUCGAGAACUGGGCAUUGACCCUAGGCGAGACCCAACUUAUAGUCGAUUGGCAUUCGAGCACUUCUUGUCGAACUCGACUCUUGGAGAAUCUUCUGAGGCAGAAAUUAUUAGGUUUCUAGAUGACCCACACUUGAAUAUCCGAGGAGCGGGGAAUUAUUUAAGUGCAGUCCAGCGUAUGGUUUUUAAUCGAACGAAUUUCACUAAGAGCCCUGCUCUUCUGGAUACGGUUAUCCGAGCCCUUCAAAUUGGGCUGAUUUUGCCCGACGAGAUCUUGGGCAUAAUACAUACUCUACCGAAGAAAAUUGGCCAUGAUAAUAUGAUUAGGGAACGGGGGGAACGGAACUUAAGUUUUCUCGACUUUUUCAACAGAGAAAUGUGGAAUGCGAUUGGACGAUGCGAUGUUUAUGGGCAUAGGGAUUUGGACGAGGGAAUAUUGGAUGCAUGGCUAGGGGUUCUUAUGGAAAGGAAGACGGACGAUGCACUAAUCCUAGCGAAAGACAUUGUAACCGCAACUCAAGGUCAGAAUCCAGCUAUCUGCUCCUGGGUACCUUUACUUAUUACAAGAUGGCUGGAACUAUCGAAUCGAUUUUGUCCCGCCGAAGAUAAUGCUUUUGUUGGCGAUCUCAUGAGACACUCCUCUCCAGAUGCCGCAUCACAGCACAUAAUUGGGGCGACUGAGUUUUUGGUGUCUUCCACGAAGAGAAAUGCGCUUGAGAGAUGGCGGGACUGUCUAUGCUGCCUACAGGAUGUUGCAUCAUUCGUCUCCUCGCCGGUUUGGACCAACCUAGGGACUGCUACGGAGCCGGAUAACUCUGGAUUUUCGUCGCAGCACCGUAUCAUUUUGCGUUUAUGGGUGCUACGGUCGCUCAGUAAAAGUCUCCCCGAAGGACCACUUUGGAGGCCAGCCCCGCGGACGACAGACCGUCCCAUUCUCGAUCUUUUAAGUCUAUAUGAAACGAUCAGAGAAGAUGCUAGCUCAGACAACUUUCUGAGUAGCAUGAGAAAAGAAAUUCAUGAUUUGGAUAUACCGUUCAACGGCUUGACAAUGCUCGCUGUUGACUUAAAAUAUGGAAAAGGCAUGACUAGAGCGACUCGAGGGAUGCUGCAGAAAUUGGAAUCCUCAAAGGUCUCUUUGGCAGACAUUUUUGCAGACCUUACAGCUUACAACGCUGCCACUCCCCAUUUAUUUUCAGCAUUGGAGAAAAUGGUCCGGCAAAUUGACAUUACCAGUCCUUCAUUCAUCGAUCAUAUGGUUGAUAUUGCAAGGAAUGGCGACUCUAAGAGAGUUUGGACAUUAAUCCGCCUCAUUCGCUGCCACACACCCCUGAAGAUUGCACUGUCGAAGGCAUGGCAUGGGAUCCCAGAACCGUCCAAAAGAGCACUUGUGCGCUACUAUCCGGAGGCUCGAAGCGCUGACUGCCCUGAUCCGCAUGCCGCAUUAGAGAUGAUUCAUUCGCUAGCAAUCUCCCUCUCAUGUUCGAAGAACCUGAGUCCACGUCGAGCCUACUCCUUGAUCCAUUGGCUCUAUGUUUUCCUAUUGAAGCACGGUGCCCCGGUGAAACCCGUGAUCGUGCGAGCGAUGUACCAUGCUGGGGUUAUACGAUACCGACAGGAAGGUUUACAUGUCUCGCGGACGCAGUAUACCUAUAUCAUGGAUUGCGUGAAAAAAGCCGAGGAUCCUCAGCUGGUGGCAGUCCUCACGGGUGGGUCGCAGGUAGGCAUAACACAUCAAGGGUCGAACCAGCUGGAGGAUGAGUAUAUAUAUGUAUAA